AUGACUCUCGAUAUAGGAAACGAUGCGCUGCUAUGCAAAGUAUUCCCCGCCAGCUUACAAGGGCAGGCUCUCUCAUGGUUUCACCGCCUACCCCCUAACUCUAUUGAUAAUUUUAGGGACCUGUCGAAAGCUUUUGUGGGACAAUACUUAUGCUCCGCUCGGCAUAAACAGAACAUCAGCACUCUACAAAACAUAAAAAUGCAGGAGAAUGAGUCUUUAAAAGAGUUCGUGAAGCGGUUUGGCCAGGCCGUGUUACAAGUAGAGGCUUACAGCAUGGAUGCUAUCCUUCAGAUCUUCAAACGAAGCAUUUGUCCAGGCACCCCAUUCUUCGAGUCGCUCGCUAAGAAGCCUCCUACGACGAUGGAAGACUUGUUCCGGCGAGCAAGCAAAUACUCAAUGCUGGAGGAUGACGUGCGCGCAGCCACCCAACAAAUCUUGGUUGCCGGUCAAACAUCCAGAAGUGGUACGGAAAGAAGUUCCAAACUUCCAAACCGGCCAAGGCUGUCCGGUCGAAGGCAGGAAGGACAAAGCAGCCCAGAACGGCCGCCCCUCACACCCCUUUCCAUAUCCUACGAGAAGCUCCUCCCUAUGAUCCAAGACCUGUCCGACUUCAGGAGCCUCCAUUAUUUGGUGGAAAGGCUUAUAAAAGCGGGACAUUUGAAGCAAUACCUCCGCUCAGACGCCAGAGUUAGAGACACUUCCCGAAAUCACAACUCAGGAACCCCCAGGAUCCCAGCCGCUCCCAAAGCCGUUAUAAACUAUAUCCACGGAGGACCACUAGAUGAGGAGUACGACUACAAACGAAAGAGACAGAGGUUGUUGCGGGCAGCAUUGGUACAUGAACGCGUCAACUCCAUACGACCUGGGAUAGCUGGUGGGGGCUCCCGGCCCAUAGAUGGGACAAUCAUUUUUCCCCCAGUAGACUCCACACGGAUAUUACAACCUCACCGCAACGCCCUCAUCCUAUCCCUGGGGAUGGGGGACUUCGACGUGAGACGCAUCUUAAUUGACCCGGGCAGCUCGGCCGAUCUUUUACAAGCGUCGGUAAUUAGCCACAUGGGAUGCAAUCUAUCCGGCCUCAAAAACCUUGGGUGA